CACCAGGAGGUACAGAGCCCUCAGCAGGAAAGAACAGCUGAGUACUAGAAGCUGCCUAAGUGGCCCUGUGUAGGCUGACAGCAGUGUAAUCUUGGCCUGCAUCUUUAGAAAUGUGUGUUCCCUGAGCAUAUCUGAGUCUGCAUUUUUUAUUUCUAGGCUUAGAGGCACCAGCAAUGUUUAGAGUGGGCUCCAGGAAGCUCUGGGGUCUGACUGGAAAGUGCCUUGUAUGCACGCUGCUCCAUAAAUGAACAAACAGGCAUGGGGCCGCACAAGUCUCCCUUGUGGACCUCCCUCCUGGCCCACUCCCACCAGGCCUGAGAGCAUAAGCAGUGGAAACCUUUAGCUGUGGCCCUUUAGAGGGUUAGCAGAUUGGUGCAAAAUGGACGGAGGGAUGUAAAAGCAUACAUCACUAUCAAAAGGUGUUUCUAAACAGGACAUUCGUGAGCAGAUCUGGGACUACAUGGAAUCACAAAAUUUAGCUGACUUUCCCCGACCUGUUCAUCACAGGAUUCCCAACUUCAAGGGCUCUUAUCUGGCUUGCCAAAACAUCAGCAACCUUGAAGUUUUUGCCAGAGCGCAGGAAGUUAAAGUGGACCCUGAUAAACCGCUGGAAGGCGUUCGGCUGCUGGCACUGCAGAGCAAGAAAACAUUGUUGGUUCCAACACCACGAUUGAGAACAGGGUUAUUUAAUAGGAUCACACCACCCCCGGGGGCAACUAAAGACAUCCUGAGAAAAUGCGCCACCUCUCAGGGCGUGAGGAACUACAGCGUUCCCGUGGGCUUGGACUCCAGGGUCCUGGUGGACUUAGUCAUGGUGGGCUCCAUUGCCGUUUCUGAAAAAGGCUGGAGAAUUGGGAAGGGAGAAGGUUAUGCUGAUCUUGAAUAUGCCAUGAUGGUGUCAAUGGGAGCAGUCAGCCAGGGGACGCCAGUGGUCACCAUCGUCCACGACUGCCAGGUCAUUGACAUACCUGAAGUGCUCCUGGAGGAUCACGACCUCACAGUGGACUAUAUUCUCACUCCAACGAGAGUCAUCGCCACGGGGUGCGAGCGCCCAAAGCCAACUGGAAUCACGUGGUCUAAGAUCAGCUGUGAGAUGAUGGCGAGAAUCCCAAUACUCAGAAGCCUUCGCUCCCGAGAGAAGCAGGCUGGGAAAGAUGUUACCCUUCAGGAUGAGCACCAGCACCUAGAAACCUGUGGCCAGCACACAGCUCCACCAAGCACUGUAAGAAGACCCUGGGACCCACCCCAGCCGGAGUCAGGUUCCGUGCAGGGGGAGGAUGUGCCUUCUAACACUGUUUACAUCGGGAACCUCCCCCAGGAUACCCGAGUGAGUGAGCUGAAGAGAGCCCUCAGAGAACGGGGUGCAGCCCCACUGCGGCUCACCUGGCAGGGGCCACAACACAGGGCCUUCCUCCAUUACCAGGACCCAGCCUCGGCCCAGCAGGCCAUCUCCUGCUUGCAGGGCUUACACCUGGGGACCAACACUUUGAGGGUGGCGCUGGCCAGGCAGCAGAGGGCCAGUGACCUGGAGAGCUGCACCCGGACCAUUACGCAACCAUCUGACCUGUGACAACAUGGACCUUCAGAGGCCUGGAUAGUAGGAUGCGGAUAGUAGGAGGCAGCUGAGCUGUUGCUACAUGAGCUGCUUUGACAAAGUUCAUCCUUUCUAGGAAGUCACAGCCUUUAGUUCCUGCCUGGUGAUCUGAUGAGUAGGGGAAAUUAACCGGUAGCACACUUCCUGUGUUUAGGAGGCUGAAAACUCCAUGGAUUCACCUCUGGUUUAUCAUGCUCCCUUAGCGCACUGGAUAUUAUAGCCAUGCUGGUUUCUCUGGAGAGACAGCAGUUGAGAGGGUUUAGGGGACCAAAUGAGCAAUAAACAGGUGGGAGUAAA